UCCUGACUCCCUUGAAGCUAGUAAGUGGGAGCCAGAGCCCUGCUCCUCCGUCAGUCCUGCAUCAGCCUGGCCUCUUCCGCACCAUGACCAUGGGCCCCUGGGCUCGGCUGGUCCUGCUGGUGGCGACAGCUUGGCAUGGUCAAGGGGUCCCGAUUAUAGAGCCCCAAGGCCCCGAGCUGGUUGUGGCACAAGGCACAAAAGUGACCCUUCGAUGUUCGGGCAAUGACAGCGUGGAGUGGGACAUCCCCACGUCCCCAGGCUGGUCCCUGGAAACAGAAGCUUCCGUAAGCACCCUGAGCACGACCAAUGCCACCUUUAUCCACACGGAGACCUACCGCUGCACUGAGCCUGGAGACCCCUCAGGGGGCGAAGCCACCAUCCACCUCUUUGUGAGAGACCCUUUGCGCGCCUGGAGAAUAAUGACGCAGGAGGUGACUGUGUUUGAGGGUGAGGACGCGCUGCUGCCCUGCCUGCUCACCGACCCCAACCUGGAGUCUGGCGUCUCCCUGAUGCGGGUUCGGAACCGGCAAGUCCGGAAGGGCACCCAAUACUCUUUCUCUCUCUGGCGAGGCAUCACCAUCCACAAGGUCAAGUACCUUGACAGCUCGGCCUACCACUGCAGCGCCCAGAUGGGCAGCGAGAACAAGCUGUCCCCCAGCAUCCAGCUCAAGGUGCAGAGAGUCUCAGGGGCCCCUGCCUUGGUGCUGGAACCUACCGAGCUGGUGCGGAUUCGAGGGGAAACUGCCGAGAUCGUGUGCUCCGCUAAAAGCCAGGACCCCGCCUUUGAAGUCUCCCUCCUACACAGAGACACCAAGGUUAGUCCUGGGGAGAUAGCAGAGUGGCAGAGGGGCUAUUUGAACUUGACCUCCGAGCAGAAGCUAUUCCAGGAGGUCAGCCUGGGUGAGAAGCUCAGCCUCAAAGUUAAGGUGGAGGCCUACCCGGCCCUGCGAAGCUUUAACUGGACCUACCAGGGGCCCUUCUUCAACCAGCAGCGCAAGCUCGAUUACAUCCUCACCAAAGACAAGUACAGGUAUACCUCCAUUCUCUCCCUGCCCCGCCUGAAGCCUUCCGAGGCCGGCCGCUACGUCUUUCUGGCCGGAAGUGAGGUGGUCAGCGAAGCUCUGACCUUCCAGCUCAUCCUUCGAUACCCCCCAGAGGUCAAGGUCUCAUGGACCCACAUCAACGGCUCUGGUGCCCUGCUCUGUGAUGCCACCGGGUACCCGCAGCCCAAUGUGACCUGGUUUCAGUGCCAGGGCCAAGCUGACAGAUGUGACGGGGCCCAGGAACUGCUCUUGGAAGACACACACCCUGAGGUUCGCAGCCAGGACCCCUUCCACAAGGUGGCAAUCCGGAGCCUGCUGCCCCUCGGAACCCUGGGACAGAACAUGACCUACAAGUGCAGGGCUCACAACGGGGUGGGGAACACCUCCCAGGUCUUCUGGCCCAUCUCUGUGGAUGCCUCCAGGCACCUCCCUGAGGAGCCCCUGUUCACCCCGGUGCUGGUGUCCUGCCUGUGCAUCAUGGCCCUGCUGCUGCUGCUGCUGCUGCUGCUCCUGUACAUGUACAAGCAGAAGCCCAAGUACCAGGUGCGCUGGAAGAUCAUCGAGAGCUGUGAGGGCAACAGCUACACCUUCAUCGACCCCACCCAGCUGCCCUACAACCAGAAGUGGGAGUUUCCCCGGAACAAGCUGCAGUUUGGUAAGACUCUCGGCGCUGGCGCCUUUGGGAAGGUGGUGGAGGCCACGGCCUUUGGUCUGGGCAAGGAAGACGCCGUCCUCAAGGUGGCUGUGAAGAUGCUGAAGUCCACCGCACAUGCCGACGAGAAGGAGGCCCUCAUGUCAGAACUGAAGAUCAUGAGCCACCUGGGCCAGCACGAGAACAUCGUCAACCUUCUGGGGGCCUGCACCCACGGGGGCCCUGUCCUGGUCAUCACUGAGUACUGUUGCUACGGUGACCUCCUCAACUUCCUGCGCCGCAAGGCUGAGGCCAUGCUGGGGCCCAGCCCGAGCCCAGCCCUGGACCCCGAUGGCAGCACUGGUUACAAGAACAUCCACCUGGAGAAGAAAUACAUCCGCAGGGACAGCGGCUUCUCCAGUCAGGGUUUAGACACCUAUGUGGAAAUGAGGCCCGUCUCCACUUCCUCUUCAAAUGACUCUUUCUCAGAAUCAGACCUGGACAAGGAGAGCAGGCGGCAGCUGGAGCUCGGAGACCUGCUCCACUUCUCCAGCCAAGUGGCCCAGGGCAUGGCCUUCCUCGCUUCCAAGAACUGCAUCCACCGAGACGUGGCGGCCCGCAAUGUGCUGCUGACCAGUGGGCAUGUGGCCAAGAUUGGGGACUUCGGGCUGGCCAGGGACAUCAUGAGUGACUCCAACUACAUUGUUAAGGGCAAUGCCCGCCUGCCUGUGAAGUGGAUGGCUCCGGAGAGCAUCUUUGACUGCGUCUACACAGUUCAGAGCGAUGUCUGGUCCUACGGCAUCCUGCUCUGGGAGAUCUUCUCACUCGGGCUGAACCCCUACCCGGGCAUCCUGGUGAACAGCAAGUUCUACAAACUGGUGAAGGACGGUUACCAAAUGGCCCAGCCUGUGUUCGCCCCAAAGAAUAUAUACGGUAUCAUGCAGGCCUGCUGGGACUUGGAGCCCACCCGCAGACCCACUUUCCAGCAGAUCUGCCUCCUCCUGCAGGAACAGGCCAAAGCAGAUAGGAAAGAGCAGGACUACACCAACCUGCCCAAUGCCGGCAGCAGCGAGCUGGAGGGAAGCUCCAGUGAGCACCUGGCCUGCUGCGAGCAGGGGGAGAGCACCCAGCCGCUGCUGCAGCCCAACAACUACCAGUUCUGCUGAGGGGGCUGAGCGGAAGCACUGCCUCGCCUCGCUCCCCCACGCCCGGGCCACACGGGGAGCACAUGCACUCUGCCCUUUGUCACGUCACACACAGCUUGCCCAGCCAGGAAACUCAGGAACGUGGACGUCCCACGUGGGGUGGGAGGUACCCACUUUUCUGGAGACUGGGCCAUCACUGCCAGUAAGCGGCUGGGGGCAGAGCCCUUCAGCCCUUCACUACUUUUCUCAACGCUGCCAGUCUCCAGUGGGCUGUGUCAACUGGGCAACACCCAGCUCCUCUUAAGCUUGGUUCUCCUCCCAGGAACCCCCUUCCCUCCGCCCCUCAUCUCAUUGGUCUUAUGCCUCACAUGCUCUCAGGAGCCCCCAGGACUGGGACCAGGCCCCCCCUUGCCUGCCUGGAGGUUUGGGGCUGCCCUCAGCUCAGACUGUGGGGCCGGGGCAACGCUGUGAGAAUCCAAUGGCACCUCCUGCCUCUACCUGUCAGAGCCUUCACCUGCAUCGCACCGGGUGGGAUCUGGCCUGGCUGGGACGAGCCACAUGGCAGCUACGUUAGGGCACUCUGCCCAGCACCGGCAGUCAGGGCAGAGAGCACAGGCACUUGGUGUGUGGCCGGCACACCAGACAAGGUGCCUCCCCCCAACUAACCACCAUGCGGCGGGAUGUCCCGCCAACAUUAAACUAACAGCAUUAACACA